UGGAAAAUCCCAUGGACAGAGAAGCCUGGCAGGCGACAGUCCAUCGAGUCGCAAGAGUCGGAUAUGACUUAGCGACCAGAUCACCAGCAUUAUAGCGCCAAAUGUGAAAAAUAACUUGAGACUCUUAUGCUGCUAUAAAAAAAAAAAAAAAAUCUUAACAGCAAGUGACCUCAAUAUAUCGAGUAACAGAGAACGUCGUCGUUCUGCGGAAAACUACAACUCCCAGAAUGCACCUAGGUAAGGCCUCCAGAAAGGAGCCUGGCGCUGCCGCAAGGGGUUCUGGAAGACGUGGUUUCCGCCAGGGGAGAGGUUUCAGCCUUGCCAAGGGCGGGAGACUCUUGGAGACCGCCUCCUGCGAGGCGGGGCAAGCGCUGGUGCACAACCAAUCGUCGAGUCUGCCCUUGGACACGCUCGGAGGCGGCGAAUCGGAACGCAGCGGUUUCCGCCUGGACUGGCGCGCCAGAAUUUGAAUACAGUGAGGGACUAAGGGCUCGGCUGAGGAGAAGUCGUCUGUCUGAGGUGCUACGAGGAGUUAGGAUGUCAACUUUAACGCCAACAAAAAGGAAGCAGUGCUCUUUGAACUGUGACACCCCAUUAUCAGAAAUUCCAUCAAAGAAAUUAAUUUUGGACUUCACUGAAAAUGUAUUUCCAUCACCUAAUAAAAAGCACAGUUGCCAAACCACUAUUAAAAAUGAAGGAAAGAUUCAUUGCUCUCAACAGGGCCAUUUGAUUUCAAGUCCACUCAAAAUGACUAAAAAUAGAUUGCCAUCUGCAAAUCAAGGUUCACCAUUUAAAUCUUCUGUGUCUGCUGUAUCCUUUUACAACAAAGAUAAGUGGUACCUCAAUCCAUUGGAGAGAAAGCUGAUAAAAGAGAGUAGAUCCAUUGGUCUAAAAACUAAUAUUGAGGAUAAAUCACAUUCCUAUAUGACAGAAAAAAUGCAAGGAAAACCAGUCUGCUCCAAGAAGAUGAACAAAAAACCACAGAAGAGUUUGACUGCUAAGUGUCAAGCAGGAUAUAAAUGCAUCAAGCCUGUAUCAAAGAAUUCUAAAAAUUCCAAGCAGAACCAAGUGACCUAUAAGCCAGCUGUGGAGAAUAAUUGUUACUCAGCUGAAAAUAAUCUGAAUGCUCCUCGAGUUCUAAGCCAGAAGGUCAAACCACAAGCUACUCUUCAGGGUGGAGCAGCUUUUUUUGUUAGUAGGAAAAAGCCCUCAUUGAGAAAGUCAUCCCUGGAAGAUAAGCCGUUACUGGGACUCACCCAGAAAAAUAAAUCAGAAGUUAUUGAAGAGUCUGAUGGAGAGACUGUCAAUGAAAGAAGUUUUGAGAAAAGGCAAGCGCCAAAGUGUGUGUUAGUAGAAAAAGAACUGAACAUUGAGCUGUUGAGUGAAAGAAGUAAAAGUGAAGAGAAAUUAAUAAAGGAUGCAUCAGAUGGAGUCAUUUCUUCAAGGGAGUGUAAAACUAAUGAAAAUAAGAGUUGUCCUUCAGAGGAGUCUUUCAGUGAGAACAAGACAGUUUCUCCUGAGUCCAUUGUCUAUCCCAUCUUCACUAUGUGUUCAGUCAACACAAAAAGAUCUCUAGUUGAAGAACAGUCUUCUGUGGGAUCCACCACAUCUACUAACUUCUUAAAACAAAUCAACAUACAGAAGAGUACUAAUACGAAAGAUUCAAAUAAAGAAACAAAAGACCAGCUCAUCAUUGAUGCAGGUCAGAAACAUUUCGGAGCCACCAUGUGUAAGUCCUGUGGCAUGAUCUACGCUGCUUCCAACUCUGAGGACGAACUGCAGCAUGUUCAGCAUCACCACCGAUUUGUGGAGGGAAUCAAAUAUACUGGCUGGAAAAAAGAACGUGUUGUAGCAGAGUUUUGGGAUGGGAAAAUUGUGUUGGUCCUGCCACGUGAUCCGAGUUAUGCUAUCAGAAAGUGUGCAUCAUUGCAGGCCUUCCGUGUCCUGUCUGAACCAACUGGCCCAGAAACCCCAAGCUCUAAAGAAUGUCAGAGGGCUUGGCAAUGUUCAGAUGUACCAGAACCUGCAGUGUGUGGGAUAAGUAGAAUCUGGGUCUUCAGACUUAAAAGAAGAAAGCGCAUUGCACGACGACUGGUAGACACGCUCAGGAAUUGCUUCAUGUUUGGCUGUUUUCUCAGUACUGAUGAAAUAGCAUUUUCUGACCCAACACCAGAUGGCAAGUUAUUUGCAACCAAGUACUGCAACACACCUAAUUUCCUUGUAUACAAUUUUAAUAGUUGAAACCAAUUUCAACUAUAGAACAGUUAGUUAUGUGUGAAUGAGUUCUGACAAACUAUUUAACAAAUAGCAAUUAUCUAGGGAUACAAAGAAAGGAAAAAUCUUUAAUGUAUAUUGACUAGCACUCUGAAUCCUUAAUUAUGAAACUUUGUGGCUAUAGCUGGAAAAUUAUUUCUCUUCUAUGUAAGAACAUUGGUUUUUCACAGAAAUUUGACCAGUUAUUUGUAAAGUACACUUUGAGGCCAGAAUUACUUCAUGCCUGAUCAGAAAGUUUAAAGAUAGGCAAAUUUCCAUCCCCAUUUUUUAAAAGUAACUCCUGAUUUCACACACAAAAUUCUCAUUUUAUAGGUACUUGGCUGUAGCAACUCAGUUUAAGUAUAGUUAAAGUAUUUUGAAUUUCCAAUUUGUACCAGGGAAGGAUGUAAGGAAUAAGAUUUCCAUGUCUUUUUGUAUAGAACAGAAUUUAUAGCUAAAUAUUUUUUAUUUUAAAAAUCAUUAUUCAGAAGGCACACUUCAGAUUAAUUAAAAUUAAACUUUGUAAUUGCACUAUUGUCAUUUCAUUAAUUUUUGGUGUUUGUGCUACUUCUCUUUAGUGAACUUAUUACUAGUGAUUGGUGUCUAACAAAACGAUACCCAGUUGGAUUAGAGAUUCAUAUGGUUAGAUUUUAAAUGUAUACUAACAGAACCAAGGUUAAUAAAUAUAUCUAGGCUGAUGGGCCACAGAACCUGAUGACUUUAUGUAAAUAUACCUAAAUAUGGAUACAUUUUUCUAAUAUAAUUCAUGGAUACUUACUUUGAGAAAUUCAGCUUUUUUUAUUAUUAUAAAGUCAUGUAGCUUCACUCUGGCAGUAGUGUCCAGGUCGUAACUCUAUAGAAUCUGUUCCUCUCCAUUCUUCUAUUUGCCUUUAAUAGUUCUAAAAUUUUAAAGUUUGGGUUCUAAAAAGACUGUGAAAGUGUUAAAAUGUGUGUAAAUUUUCCAAACAUUUUAAUGCUAGUUUCUGUACUGCUGUAUUUAAAAAUUGUCUGAAAUAUUUUAUUUUAAAACUUUUAUUAACAUUAUUUUGCUCAAUGACUUUAUGAUGAAUCAAUUAAAAUUCUUUUCUGUAUUA